AAUUCCGGGAGAUUUUUUUUGUUGCUUGUACUGGGUAACUUGACUGCCCCAACUGCUUCGGACUCCGGGAGAUCUUCCCUCCCCUCUUAGAUUAAUGAGGCAGCCACCUGGUGAGUUUGACAUGGCUCUCAGCGGCACUCUGCUACCCUCCAUCUCCACCUUCGCAGCGGGUACGCCAGGCAAGGAGAAAGUCCUGAGACAAGCAGGUGCCCCUAACAAUCGGUGGCGGGAGGAGCUGUCCCACAUGAAACGCCUUCCUUCAGUGCUCAGCGGCCGCCCCUACGACUUGGCGGCGGCGGCGGCGGUGGCGGCGGCCGACCUGGAGAGCAACGGAGGCGGCGGCGGCAACAACAAUCCCGCACUCCUGGCCAGACGAGAGGCCGAGGAGUUCAACGAUUUGCUGGACUUUGAUUUUAUUCUUUCCAACUCCCUCAUCCAUCAGGAACCAGCCACGGCCGCCGUGGUCUCCUCAGCCUCAGCGUCAGCCUCCGCCUCGUCCUCCCCUUCGAGCAGCGGUCCUGCGAGCGCUCCUCCGGCCAACUGCAACUUCACUUACCCGCUGCGGGGUCCUGGGGACCCGGGAGGGGCGUCUGGCGGUCCAACCACCUCGGGCGGAAGCAGCAAUAGCACCAGUAACGGUGGGGGCGGCGGCCUUCUUUACAUCCGGGAGCCUGCACCCCCUCCCGCCGCCCCUUUUAACCUGGCCGACAUCAAUGACGUGUCCCCUUCAGGUGGAUUUGUAGCCGAGCUCAUGAGACCUGACUUGGACCCUGUGUAUAUUCAACAACAGCAGCUUUCGGGUGGCAGCCUGCACGGGAAAUUUGUUGUAAAAGCCACCUUGAACAUGGGGGAGUACAAUGGUCAGUCUAUCAUCAGUGUUAACAAAGGCAACCCCUCCUCUUGCAGCCCAGAUGGUAGCCAUCCUGUGGUAGUGGCCCCCUAUAGCACAGGGCCUCGGAUGUGCCCCAAGAUCAAGCAAGAAGCUGUCUCCUCUUGCACUAUCGGCAGGCCUCUGGAGGCCCACCUGGGCAGUGGCCCACCUCUCAGCAAUGGCCAAAGAGCGCAGCCCCACGAUUUCUCCUUGGGGCGGCCUCUUCCCAGCAGGACUACUCCCUCCUUGACUGCUGAGGAAUUGAUGAACAGCAGGGACUGCCACCCUUCACCUCAGGGGAUAAGCCAUCCAUUGCCAAUACCCCCUGGGUACCACCAUGGACCCAACUAUCCUCCUUUCCUGCCGGACCAGCUGCAGCCCCAGGUUCCUCCACUCCAAUAUCAAGGUCAGUCUAAGGGUUAUAUGGCUCUCAUCGAAGAGCUUUCUUUAACAGGUCGUCCUUUGAUACAAGGAGUGAUGCUGACUCCACCCUCUUCACCUUUAGAGCUUAUACCAUCCGGGAGUUGCAUGCCAGAAGAACCCAAACCCAAGAGAGGGCGAAGGUCAUGGCCCAGGAAAAGGACAGCCACCCACACGUGUGAUUAUGCAGGCUGCGGGAAAACAUAUACCAAGAGUUCUCAUCUCAAGGCACAUCUUCGAACCCACACAGGUGAGAAGCCUUAUCACUGUGACUGGGAGGGCUGUGGAUGGAAAUUUGCCCGCUCUGAUGAACUUACCCGCCACUACAGGAAGCACACUGGUCAACGCCCAUUCCAGUGCCAGAAAUGUGACCGAGCAUUUUCCAGGUCUGACCACCUUGCCUUACACAUGAAAAGGCAUUUUUAAUCCAAAGCAGAGGAUUUUACCCAUACUGCCAUAGGAGAUUCAGUAUUCACAUGACUGUCUUCCUGAUGAGGGAGGAACCCAGCUAAAGCACUAUAUACAAGAAAUCAUGGUAAACAAAACAAAACAAAAAAGUCUUCCAAAGAGUCAAAAGAAAAUGGAUAAUCAAGAGAAAUGAGAAACUUUAAAUCAAAGGACAGAUUUGUGGUCUGUGACUGGAUCUUAUCAUUCCAUUUCUGAAUCCAACUUGAAUAUGCCUGGAUUACAAGAUGCCAAGGAGUGACUGGAAGUCACGGAUAUCAGGGUUUAAUAGAUUGUGUAUGGGGGAGGGAAGACUACAUUCCCUUGAAUUGUGUUCCAAUGCAAUAUAAGUAUAAUGAUCAUCUUGUAUUUUUUGCCUUCUAAAAGCCAUUAUUACAUUAGAAGAGGAAGAAAUUCAGGUACAGAAAAUGUUUUGAAAGCCUAAUUGAUGGUGCUUAGUGACUGUUGGUUCUAAAGGUACCAAAAAAAGGAAGCCAAAGUUCUCAAACUGCUGCAUAUUUGACAAGGAAAUAUAUUUUUGUCUUCCGAUCUACAUUUAUGACCUAAGUCAGGUAAAUAAGCCUGGUUUAUUUCUUUAAAAAUUUAUGCAGACAGUCUAUAAUGCACUGUGGUUUCAAUGUGCAAUAAUUUGUAAUGUUUUAUUCCCAAUUAUGCCUUAAGUAGAACAAAUGUUUUUUCUAUAGUUCUUUACUUAAUAAAUAUGUAAUAUAAAUUUAAGCAAACUUCUAUUUUGUAUAUUUGUAAACUACAAAGUAAAAUGAACAUUUUGUUGGAGUUUGUAUUUUGCAUACUCAAGCUGAGAAUUAAGUUUUAAAUAAACAUAAUAUUUUAAAUGAA